UACCUUUUAACACGCGUAGAGGGAAAAAUUGGAUCACCGGAAAAGCCAUUGUCCGAUUUAGGUUUAAUAUCUUAUCGAUCCUACUGGAAAGACGUUUUACUUGCUUAUUUAUGCUCACGGUCGGGGAGAACGCUUAGUAUUAAGGACAUUUCUCAGGAAAUGGCAAUUAAUUCUUAUGACAUCGUCAGCACGCUGCAAGCUCUCGGCAUGAUGAAAUACUGGAAGGGAAAACACAUCAUCUUGAAAAAGCAGGAUGUGUUGACUGAAUAUGAAGAUCGAAUGAAGAAACGGCACUCGUUGAAGAUUGAUCCCGCAUGUCUGAAAUGGACGCCAUUCGUGAUGCCUCAACAACAACAACAGCAACCAUCAAAGUCGCAGCCAACA